AUGGCUCGCAACAUUGGAAUCAAAGCUUUGGAGCUUUACUUUCCCAGCAGAUACGUGUCCCAGUCAGACCUGGAGUCUUAUCUCGGUGCAAGUAAGGGGAAAUACACCAUUGGACUUGGUCAGACCAAGAUGAGUAUCUGUGACGAUCGAGAAGAUACCUAUUCUCUCGCUCUGACCGCGGUUUCCUCGCUUCUCCGCAAAUACGACAUCCCACCCGAAUCGAUCGGUCGUCUUGAAGUAGGCACAGAAACCAUGCUGGACAAAGCCAAGUCCUGCAAGUCUGUGCUCAUGCAACUCUUCGGAUCAAAUACCGAUGUGGAGGGCGUCGACGUCUACAACGCAUGCUACGGCGGUACGAGUGCGCUCUUGAGCGCAGUCAAUUGGAUUGAAUCGUCUGCGUGGGACGGCAGAAAUGCCAUUGUUGUUGCCUCGGACAUUGCUCUCUACAAUACCAUCUCUGCCAGACCGACUGGCGGUGCUGGCUGUGUAGCAAUGCUCAUCGGUCCAGACGCUCCUUUACUCCUGGAGCCACUGCGAGCGUCCUUCAUGCAGCAUACGUAUGACUUUUACAAGCCGGACUUCAAGUCCGAGUAUCCGAAUGUGGAUGGCCAUUUUUCAUCGAGAUGCUACCUGCGUGCCUUGGAUGGAUGCUAUCGUCGAUAUCGGGAGAAGCAGGCUGGUCGUGGGCCGAGAUCCAGCGGUUCUUUUGGUAUCUCUUCUGGUCAAGGAGCCAUCAUGGGUUCUUCAGAAUCCCAGUCGACCCUACCACUUGACGAAUUCGAUUAUUUCCUGUUCCAUGCCCCCAACUGCAAGUUGGUUGUCAAGGCAUACGCUCGGUUACUCUACAAUGAUUACAAGUCUGACCCGCAGAACGGACUCUUCGGCUCCAAGGAUGUGCUUCCAUCCGUCAUGGACCAGAGUGAAGAAGAUUCUCUCAAUGACAAAGAACUGGAACGGCUUUUCAUGCGCCUCUCCCAUUCCAGGUUCGCAGAUCGUGUGCAGCCCAGUCUGACUGCACCAACAAUGUGCGGCAACAUGUACACCGCCGGCGUUUACUCGGCUCUUAUCAGCCUGCUCACUAAUGUUCCCAGUGUCGAACUUGUUGGACGGCGGAUUGGACUUUUCAGUUUUGGUAGUGGUCUGGCAAGCACAUUGCUCAGUUUCAGGGUUGUGGGCGAUGUCCGUGAGAUUGCGUCAAUGAUUGACCUUCAUGCUCGUCUGGCAACACGGACACAGGUCUCACCCGAGGUUUACGACGAGAUGUGUCAACUUCGUGAACGAGCCUAUCAACAACACCCUUAUACACCCGUUGGGAAUAUCGAAGCCAUGGCGCCGAACACUUACUAUCUCGUUGAGGUGGACGAUAAAUUUCGGCGAUCGUAUGCGAUCAAGUCAGGCUAA